AUGGACGCAGCUCGGCUGUACCAGGUCUUCAAUGCCUCUUUCGAAUCAGACCCCAACGUCCGCAUCGCUGCAGAGCUCGAACUGAAGCAGCUCGAGCCUGUCGAGGGCCUCCUUCCGACCCUCCUCCAACUCGUGUCGCCCUCGUCCUCGUCGUCGCCUGUCGUCCGCCUCGCAACCGCCAUCUACCUCAAGAACCGCAUCAAGUCGAGCUGGCGCCAGCCCCUCGAGCCGAGCGUGUACGCGAGCCCGGCCACAGUCGCCGCAGCGCAGAAGGCGUCGACGUUCGUCAAGAUCCCGCCAGCCGACCGCCAGAGCGUCAAGAGCAACCUCCUCCCGCUCUAUGCCGCCCUCGCGGCCGACCCGGACGGCGCAAAGGUCAAGGAGCAGGUCGGCGAGGCGUUGAGCCGGGUCGUCGAGUGCGACUUCCCCGAGCACUGGCCCAGCCUGGUCGACGAGGUCAAGGUCCUGCUCGCCGGCGACGAGGGCCAGGUCGAGGCGGGCCUGCGGGCGUCGACCGAGGUCUUCAACUCGCUGCGGUACGCCGCCAAGGACGAGGACGGCACCACCCUCGUCCAGCUCACGACCCACCUCCUCCCGCUCGUCCUCCCGAUCGGCCAAAAGGUCCUCGCCUCGACCCCGUCCGACGCCGCGUCCCUCACGACCCAGGGCACCCUCCUCCGCCUCAUCCUCAAGACGUACAAGAACAGCCUCAUCCACACCCUCACCCCGGCCCACCAGGCGCCCGACUCGCUCAUCCCGUGGGGCACCCUCCUCCUCGCUGUCGUGUCGCACUCGAUCCCUGUCGCGCUCCUCCCAGAAGACGUCGACGACCGCGAGCGGCACCCGUGGGCCAAGAGCAAGAAGUGGGCCUGCUUCGCCCUGAACCGCCUCUUCACGCGGUACGGCAACCCGACGCAGCUGCCCAAGAACCAGGUCGAGCAGUACGGCGAGUUCGCCAACCGGUUCAUCGGCCAGUUUGCGCCCGAGAUCCUCAAGGCGUACCUUGCCGCCGUCGAGCGCAUGGUCGCCCAGGGCGAGUGGUCCCCGAAAAAGGCCAAGUUCUACCUGCUCUCCUUCUUCGAGGAGUGCAUCAACCCCAAGGCCAUGUUCACCCUCCUCAAGCCUCACGUCUCGACCCUGGUCGAGCACUUCAUCUUCCCGCUCGUCUGCCUCUCCGAGGAGGAGCUCGAGCUCUUCACCGACGACCCGACCGAGUUUGCGCGCCAGUCGUUCGGCGACUUUAUCGUCGACCCGUACGCCUCGCCGACCAGUUCGGCGCUCAGCUUCCUGUCUGCGCUCGUCGAGACCCGCGCAAAGACGACCCUCCUUCCCUUGCUCCAGUUCAUCCAGUCGGUCGUCGACAAGUACCCGGCGACGAUCACGCCGCGGCAAAAGGACGGCGCGCUGCGCAUGCUCGGUGCCCUCGCCACCACCGCCGUCAAGAGCAAAAAGCUCGCGCCCAUGCUCGAGGCGUUCUUCAUCCAGCAGGUCGUCCCCGAGUUCAAGUCGCCGCACGGCCACCUGCGGUACCGCGCGUGCGACAUUGUCGAGAAGUUUGAGAGCGUCGACAUGACGUGGCAGUCGCAGGAGGCCCUUGAGAACACGCUCAACUGCCUCAUGAGCUGCAUCACCGACUCGGAGCUGCCCGUGCGCAUCCAGGCCGCCAUCGCGCUUCCCGAGUUGGUCCGGUACGAGAAGGUCCGCGAGCGCAUGCUCCCCAACCUCGGCCGCAUCCUCCAGGAGCUCCUCAAGCUGCAGUCCGAGGUCGACCUCGACGCCCUGACCAACACGACCCGCACCAUGGUCAGCGAGUUUGCCGAGGAGGUCGUGCCGUUCGCCGUCGAGCUCUCUCAGUCUCUUGUCGAGUCGUACGGUCGUCAGCUGCAGGAGCACCUCGAGGCGCGCGAGAAGGACCCGAGCGGCGGCGAGAUGUACGAGGACGAGCGCACGAUGAGCAUGAUGAACGUCCUCAAGACGAUCGAGCAGCUCGUGUCGUCGGUCCGCGAGAAGAAGGAGCUCGUCGCCGAGAUUGAGAAGGCCGUCGCGCCGUUGCUCGAGGCGACGAUCCGCCACUCGUUCGUCGAGCUUUUCGACGAGACGUUCGAGCUCCUCGACUCGCUCACGUUCUUCCAGCAGAGCGUGUCGCCCGUCAUGUGGACCUGCUUCGAGGCGAGCUACCGCGUCCUCAUGCAGAACGCGGUCGACUACCUGAGCGACACGAUGGGCUUCCUCGACAACUGCAUCAACUUUGGCGCCGACUUCCUUUCGACCUCGACCGACCACCGUCGGUUCGUCCUCGAGCUGUUCGACAUGGCCAUGACCAACCGGGCUCUCGGCGCCGAGGACCGAGUCGUCGCCUGCAAGCUCGCCGAGACGCUCCUGCUCCGCCUCCACGGCCAGGUCGACGAGGCCAUUCCUCCUGUCGUCGAGCGCGCCAUGACGUUCGUCCUGUCCAAGAACGACGACGACGACUUUGUCGUCACCAAGAGCCUGUUCCUCCACUCGCUCGAGCUCGUCAUCCUCGCCGUGUCGUACAACCCGCAGCAGGCGAUCGCCAUCCUCGACCGCCACGACUGGACGCAGCAAUUCUUCGCCCAGUGGUUCAAGAACCUGUCCAAGUACACGCGCGUCCACGACAAGAAGAUGACGCUGUGGGCCAUCUGCGCCCUGUUCGACUGGCUCAACGGCGUCGGCUCGUCGAGCCCGCUCGUCGGCAACGUGGCACAGCUCGUCCAGGGUGCGCUCGAGGUCUUCAAGUCGUACCCGCGAGCGCUCGGCGAGCGCAAGGUCGCCGAGGCGAACCGCGACCUCGAGGAGGAGGACGUGAGCGACGACGGCAUGUCGGACGAGGACGACCUGGACCUGGGCGACGAGGAGGGCGACUUCGACGAGGCCGACGUGCGCGACAAGACGACCGACUUUAUGGACCAGCUCGCUCAGUCCGAGGCCAACCGCCUCGCCCGGGCAGGCGCUUUCGGCGACGGCGACUCGGCAUGGAGCGACGAGAUCUUGUGGGCGUCGCCGCUCGACCAGUUCGACUCGUACCAGCGCUUCUCGGGCCUGCUCGCCGGUCUGCAGAGCGCGAACCCGGCGUUGUACCAGGCCUCGCUGUCGGGCCUCUCGACCGAGCAGCAGGGCGUCCUCGCCGACGUGGCGGCCAAGGCGGCCGAGGGAGGAGACGUCGUCGUCGCGCAGCAGGCGUACGCCGAGCUGCAAGCCGAGGAGACGGCGGACUGAGCGGCUCGCGCUCGUGCCAGUCGAGGCGGGAGGACUCUAUUACGACUUGCAUUACAAUCAUUGACGUGCGC